AUGCUGCAUACUCCCCAGUUAUCAUGUGAAGAGAAUCUUCUAGAAUGCAUGCUGGAACUAACCAAAAAGGAUGCUUGUUAUAGUUGGGGAGACACAAUACAAGGGAAAUUGAAUCUGAAAAUCUCCGAUGGUUCUAUUGAGAUCACAUCUCUACGCAUCUUAUUUCACGGUUAUGGCAAAAUUCAUUGCAAGGGAAAGAAAGAUGAGCUUCUACAGGAAAACAUGACUUACAUGAAAAAAUACUCGAAUGUCAUUUCACAUCCGCUGAUAAUUUCCCAGCCAGAGUAUUCCAUUUCUAUUGAAGAAACGCUUCCGGACCAGCUCCCAACAUCUGUUUACAGCUCGAAAGGGCAUAUUCAAUAUGUGAUUCAAUGCACAAUGGAGUAUCGUUCAGCAGCUGGAACACCUAAUCUAGUAAAAGCGGUUCGUGGGAUUACUGUAGUUGAGUCUCUGGACCUCAACAAAAUAUCCAAGACGUGGUUCGAACCAAAGACCGAGUUCGAGCAGCGGAAGUUCGGCUGGUUUGCUUGCACGGGCGGCCAUAUCAGACUUCACCUGACCUUUGAGAGAAGCGCAUUUGUUUGUGGCGAGGCAAUCCCGUUUAUUGGUAUUAAUGCAUCCUUUUCUUUGUCUCGAUCUGUGUGGUCUCUGGUUCUUACAGGCAAGAUUGAAAACAAGAGUGAUCGAAGAAUCGAGAAGGUAUCGGUUUGUCUGAUGAGAAACACCCGAUUUGGCAAUGAUGUCGAGGAGGAUGUGGAGAACGCCACAGUUGACAAUCAUUUGAUUCAAGAAGACUUGAUGGCCAUGUACAUUGAGGAAGGUUGCGUCAACAAAAUUGACAAGAAAGUUCACAUUCCGUGCACAGCCCCAUCGACACCGCUUCCGAUUCUUUUCCGCUCUGGACAGCUGGACGGAAACAAGUUCCAACUUCGGCGCAAAUCGCAACUUGGCAGAUUAUCUCUUACAAGCCAAAAGUCACGACAGUCAAUAUCCUCGUCAUCAAACAUGCAAAGAAUUCUAGCGAUCACAUAUACAUUUGCCAUCAAAGUAAGAUCGAAUGGAAUGGACGUGAUUGAUUUGAGUAUCCCGGUUGUUAUCGGCACAGUGCCGUUGAUUGAUCACAUGAAUUCCGGGGAUCUAAAUGACCCUUUGGACCGUCCAGUCUACAACUUGUGUCGUCAAGACAAGCCUAUUCCAUUGUUGGAUGAAAAAGAAAGGAGCCUAUGCAACAAAGCUCAACUCCAGCAUGUAAACAAAUAUCCUUUCUUCCCGACGCUUCCAACAUCUUCAAAACAGAGCAAAAAACUGUGUGUAAUUGCUCAGACAAUAAAAACAGAAAAUCGGAUCAUGAACACAAUUCGAGGUGCAGUGGAAGAAGAGAAAUAUUAA